CACGUCCAGGAUGGAGAGAAAUCCUCGCUCAAGUCCGGUUGAUCAAGGACUGGAUUUUGGAACUGGAAGUCAUUUUGUUGGGAAUUUGGGAGCCUGUCUUCUUUACUUCUCUGGUCUCAUGUAUCACUCACUGCUCUUCCUUCUUUUCUUUUAUCUCUGACCUGUCAAGUUUCGAAUGCGUUUUCUUUCUCGCGCUUUCUUCUCUAUCUUCGUUUCUCUGAGUGAUUCCCACGGGCCAAUGGUUCUUUCUGCAAGUUCUUCUCCGUUUGGGUUUUGUGUAAUUUCCUUCGGUUUUCUCUCCUCUUCUCUUAAGCUACGAUCGAAACGUCUUAUCUUACUCUACACUUUCACGUUUGCUAGGUGUUUCUCUCUCGUCUUCCUGAUGAUAUGUUUCCAAAAUCUUUCCAACGCUGGAUACCAGAUUUUCACAAAAGUUAAGUCGGUUUCGAGGUCUUUUACCAGAACACGUCACGACAAGAUCUCUUCUUCCCUUUGGCUAUUCUCCAACUUCGUCUCCUUCAGCAUUUCAUUUCGAUGUGUACGCAAGAUUCAAGGCGGCAUUUUUCUUCCGAUAUACCCAUUGCGCGUUUCCUACCGUUGUAUUUUCGUGGCCUUUGGAUGUUUCUUAUACAGAUACCCAUUUUCCACGUUCCGUUUUCCGGUAUGCGAUUUCAUCUCACGUAGCAUCAUGUCCUUCAAAAUGUACGCUAUACCCUUGAAGGACUAAGUAAAUGAGGAGGGUAGACGUGUAUGAGUCUUGGUAUAGAGUUGGAUGUUAAGCAAGCCUCUUGAUCGCGGUCUAAAACUCUAGGCUGGUCCCAGAUGACCAGAUGUCGUUGGUAACCACCAGCGGGGAUGGUUAGCUUGUUAUGGGACGGAAGAGGGUGUUACGGAGAUCGUUCGAUCAUGACAAGAAUCAAGUCCCGUAUGCAACGCGCGAUAAU